AUGGGUGAAUCAAGGUCUAACUCAACGGAAAGGGGUGCAAGACUGUGGCUUCAUGUGGGCCCCCACAAAACUGCUUCGACAACAAUUCAGAAACAACUUGAAGCUUGGCAGACCUCUCUAACAAGUGACGGCUGGACGUGGGAAGACCCUGCGCAGUUCGGACACAUUAUGCAUGUACGAAUGACUCAAAUCGCGAAUGUUGCAGAGUGUUAUCUGUCGUCCCAGUCCAUGUGCAGGGACUACACAGAAACAAUUUGUUCAGAUUGGCUGCACUUUCUUGACCAGCUCAAAGGAACUUCAAAAAAGGUAGUGAUGUCUAGUGAGCGUUUCGACCAGAUCAAUGACACCAGCGUCGCACAGCUCGCGUUUGACUUAAGCUACAUCAGUACCACCAUCGUGAUGGUUUACCGACCAUUUUACGAUUGGAUCGCAAGUUGGUAUCGGCAGCUCAAGGCUCACGGGCAGGUUGAAUUGGCCUUCGCAGAUUGGCGAAGCGUUUCACAGAUGGAGUACUACGCGUACAAUUACUCAUUCACGACUUCUCUACAUAGUCGCUACGCCGCUCAUUUUUCUGAUGUGAAGGUGCACGUGAUGGGCCCCGAUAUGAUGACCGAUAUUGUCUGCGAUGACUUCAAUGCUGCGAACACGUGCGCGACGUCUAGGAAGGCCAAAGUGAUGAAGCUAAACGUCAGAACAAAGUCUUCGCCACAUGAAUGCCUCAGUUCUCUGCAGCUGUAA